UCAACCGCCAAUGAAAUUCAAAGAACAAGAAGAAAACGACGAUCACAAACCCUCUAAAUUGUAGCAGAACAACUGAAUUUUGUCUUUAUGAAACACAUUUUACCUCAAACUAGACUAUCUUUCCAGUUAUAUUAACUUAGACGAACGCAAUAACUUGCUCUAAUUAACCACGACGAGUUACAGCUAACGAUACAUGAUAACAAACAUAUUAGCUAGCCGCUAGCUAGCAUUAGCUGUCAGCAAGCCAACUAGCUAACGUUAGCUUUUAGCUUCUGCGAAUAACUCUGACGUUGCUCGAGUUUUCGCGACAACGUUUAAAAGCCCGAAACAAUGUCGGACGAUUAUGAAUUCAGCGAUGACACGACCAUGAUGAGAAUGGAGGAGGAUGGGGAGGCGACCAGCGAUGACCCGAUGUCCGCGGCCGGGGACUGCGGCCUGGUGGGGGGCGAGGCCGAGGGCUCAAGAAUCGACGCCAGUAAAAACGAGGAGGAUGAGGGUAAGAUGUUUGUAGGAGGGCUCAGCUGGGACACGACUAAGAAGGACCUGAAAGAUUAUUUUUCCAAGUACGGGGAGGUUGUAGACUGCACUUUAAAACUGGACCCCAUGACUGGCCGUUCACGGGGUUUUGGCUUUGUGCUCUUCAAAGAACCAGACAGUGUUGACAAGGUUGCCACACAGAAGGAACAUAAACUCAAUGGAAAGGUCAUUGACCCCAAAAAAGCCAAAGCCAUGAAGAGCAAGGAGCCGGUGAAGAAGAUCUUUGUUGGUGGUCUCUCUCCAGACACCCCUGAAGACAAAGUCAGAGAGUACUUCAGUGCCUUCGGAGAGCUGGAGUCAAUUGAACUUCCCAUGGAAAACAAAACCAACAAAAGGAGGGGCUUCUGCUUCAUCACAUUCAAAGAGGAGGAUCCAGUUAAGGGCAUCAUGGAGAAAAAGUACCACAAUAUUGGACUAAGCAAGUGUGAAAUAAAAGUGGCAAUGUCCAAGGAACAGUAUCAGCAGCAGCAGUACUGGGGAGGCAGAGGUGGAUACCCGUCCAGGUCUCGGGGAAGAGGCGGUGGUCCCAAUCAAAAUUGGAACCAGGGUUACGGCAACUACUGGAAUCAAGGCUAUGGGAAUUAUGGUAAUUAUGGUUACAAUAAUCAAGGCUAUGGAGGAUACGGUGGCUAUGAUUACCCUGGUUACAACAACUAUUAUGGAUACGGUGACUACGAUGAAUCUGGUGGAUAUGGCAAGUCGCCACGGCGUGGUGGCCACACCAACAGUUACAAGCCGUAUUAACAGAGGCAACUCAUCUUCAAGUAGCGGAGCUUCCUUGCAGGCCAUGAGCUGACUCCCAGAUACUCUCAGGGCCCGCUCAAUGCGGACCGGGUACGAGAAGCAUACGCUCUCGAACGCUGCCAUUUGGUAUGGUCUUACAACAUCCUGUCUCAGCAUUUCUAAACUAAACAAUAUGGGACACGUCCAGCUUUGUCAUCUUUCUUUCCAUUUUACUUUUCUUUGCAACUGUUCCAUAAUGUACAACUUAAAAUAUACACAUGUAAUUGUCAUUUUUUACAGGCCCUUACUCCCCCACAAGUAAUGAUUUAUAAAUAUGUAAAAAUAACUAUUUGCUUUUCAAAGGAUACGUACAGCAUUCUCUGGACUUUCCAGUUUCUAUUGUUAAUAUAUGCAUUCCUAAUCUUAUCUAAAAUGCUUGUUUCUUUAUUUAGCUCUCGUAGCCAGUAAGUCCAUGAGCUAAAACCUGGUUCAUAUUUGGACGAGACUGUGUCGGGGGGGGGGGGGGGGGGGGGGGGGGGGGGGGGGAUAAAGUGCUUUGUGUACAUGUAUUGCUCUGUUUUGUCUUACUGACAGCGAUGGAAAAAGACUCCACGUUUGUUAAUUUUCCUGUAAUACAUUUUCCCUUUAAUAACCUUUUUGUAAAAGAAAGAAGUUUGCAGAAAUUUGCAUGUAAUGUUUUCUUUAAUGUGUAUUUUAUUUUUGACCAAUCGAAGGUUUCUUCCAUUUCGUAUUUUGACUUCUUCAAUUUAUUGCACUUCAGGUUUUCUAGCUUAUGGACUAUCUAUCUAUCUAUCUAUCUAUUUAUUUAUUUAUUUUUUAACUGUAAAAUAAUUGUUCUCAGUUUUUCUUUAUUUAUUUUUUUUACAUUGGACAUUAUAAACACGGGGAUUCCUGUUUUUAUUUGUAGUUUUUGCAGGUUUUGGUUCACCCAUAGCUGAUCUGCUGUGUUUGUUUCCCGUAGGUUUCAGAGUGAUGAAAGACAGCGACACUGGUCGAGCGUUGGCCAGAGAGAGGAUGGUACCCAGCAAACAUCACUAGCUGAUUGUAAGAAACUAAUGAAGAGCACUAUGACCUACACUACAUUUCCUCUACAUUUACCGGAGUAUUUGUUGUAUCUCAAAAGUUUUGGUGUUUUGCAUUUAUUAAGAUUGCUGCAAAGUUUUGGGCAGUUUGCGUUCCUAAUCCUCUCUUGUUUUUGUAUUUAAUGUUCUCAAAUGCUAUUUGUGAAUGCUUCAAUUAUUACAUGACAGAAAUGUGAAGAUUGGUUGGAACAGAUCACACACACACACACACACACACACACACACACACACAUACAGUAUUGUAGUAGCAAAGAAUGCGAAAAAUGCGUUAUUACAAUUUCCUUUUUAUCGUAGUCAUCAGUCGUAUAUGUUAUUACAGAGUUUGACAGUCAUAAACAGAAUAUAUAUAUAUAUAUAUAUACACAGGCCAUUGGACAUAAAGAAAUACAAUAAACUAAAAAUAAAGACUCAUUUGCAUAUGUGAUCCGUUGUGAAAUAGUACGUUUACGUCACAUUGACUGUUGGAGUGUUCAAGAAGUAGUUCAGCCAAGUUUCUAACAAUUUAAGCUCUAAUUUACGUCGUGUCAUCAUAAGCUUUAUCGCAGAGCAGCCGGCCAAUAAGCUUGCAUGUGUUACAAAAAUCAUUUACCCUUUUGAAUUUACAUAAAUAUUUCUUGAAAUACCCGUUUGUUUGAGUUGAAAUGAUCUGAGACUCUCUCACGAGGGCAAGUACACGCUAAAUAACCGGUGAGCUUCA